CACUCCUGCGCCCCGCCCCCACACACCAGGUCUAGCGCCCCUGCCCGACACGUCAUGGGCGCAGCCGCUCCGUGUGGCUGUACCUUUACUAGUCAAGCCACUUAAGACGUGAGUAGCGAUCCACAAACUGGGCCACAUGCAGAAAGAGCGCACAUCAUGGAUGACUGGGCUGGUCUGUGGAUGGUAAUGUGCGCAAGACUUUGUGAUUUCAAGCAACGCCAUCUGUAAAGAAUGAUCAGCGUGGUAACCUCCUCAUACAGUAUGACCACUAUGAAUACUUGCCAGGCGCAGUUUCCGAUGUUAUAGGCACACAGUUUUCCACCUGUGGUUCCAGUUUCGACAUGGCUAAUAAAAAUCUAGCAAUGGAAAGGAAAGCGGCGUACCAGGGACAACGGCGGAGCAGUUUAUUGACGCUGCCAUUUAUGUUUUCAAUUGCCUUUCUUGUAAGAAUGGUCCUUAUCAUCUAUGGAGUCUACCAAGACCGCACAAUGGUGGUGAAAUACACAGAUAUCGACUACCACGUCUUCACGGAUGCCGCUCGAUAUAUCACUCAGGGAUCUUCUCCUUAUGAGAGGGCAACGUAUCGGUACACACCAUUACUCGCCUGGAUGUUGACACCAAACAUCUAUCUUUCUGAAGUUUUCGGGAAGUUCUUAUUUGCAUGCUGUGAUUUAAUUGCAGCUUUCCUAAUCCAAAGAAUCCUUCUCCUCCAAGGCCUGGAUAGCCACACGGCUAGCAAGUACAGUGCUUUUUGGCUUUUUAACCCAUUGCCUAUGGCUGUCUCCAGCAGAGGGAAUGCAGAAUCGGUCUUGGCUGUUCUUGUUUUAUCAUCUCUGUAUUAUGUGAAGAAGUGCCAUCUUGUGAAGGCCGCCCUUCUCUUUGGUCUCUCAGUUCACAUGAAGAUCUAUCCUGUGACCUAUCUAUUGCCCAUUUCACUGUCACUGCAAGCAACAAGAACUAAGGGAAGUAGGUCGCACGUAGCCGGUGGAUUGGUUCGGAAAUUCUUCCAAGAUUCCUGGGAGCUCUUCCUCAGACUCCUCAAUUGGAACACCCUAACCUUUGGCAUUGUAUUCAGUUUUACAUUACUUACACUAAGUUUUGUCUUCUACUGUAGCUAUGGCUGGGAUUUCCUUGAGCACACUUACCUCUAUCACUUGACCAGGAGAGAUAUACGACAUAAUUUCUCCCCAUACUUCUACAUGCUUUACCUAACUGCGGAGAGUGACAGGAGCUUUGUCCUUGGCCUUGUUGCCUUUCUACCUCAGAUAUUGCUGCUAGCUAUUAUAUCCGUAGCCUAUUAUCAAGAUCUGACCUUCUGCUGCUUCUUGCACACCGCUGUCUUUGUGAGCUUCAACAAAGUGUGCACAUCUCAGUAUUUCCUGUGGUACCUUUGCCUUUUGCCAUUGGUUAUGCCUGGCCUGAAGAUAUCAUGGCGGCGGAGCACUUUUCUGGUUACUUUAUGGUUUGGUGGACAGGCCGUGUGGCUAGCUCCAGCCUACUAUCUGGAAUUUGAAGGCCUCAACACAUUCAUACUGAUUUGGGUGGCCGGGCUGGCCUUCCUCAUUGUAAAUAGCUAUGUUCUCUCCCAAAUUAUCGUCCGCUACAAUGUCUGUAGAGAAAACGUUCGAAAACGUAAACUACAGUAGCUUUUGUGCCAGUUGUUGAGGCCAUACGCCUGCCUUCUGCUGUCAGUUCUUUUAACUGGGGAUUUUUCCCUGAGAAAUUUGGUUAAUAGGUGACUUUUUUUUUUUUUUUUACUAAUGCACGUUCAUAAUACCAACAAUAAUAAGGCUAAUGUGUCACCAGGAUUGACCUUCAAACAACUUUACACCUUCAUGAAUACGAGUGGGGGCAAUAAAUACUAUGGAUCAGUACUCUAUGGCAUAUGUCUUCAGCUAUCUCUCCUUCCUCAUAUAUGUGUAUACUCUUCUCAGCCAGGCAUGCAUGUGAUCUGAAAGCCACUGCCGGCCAUCCCUGAAAAACAAAAGGAUCAGGCAUGUUGAAAUUCAACUUCUCCGACAUAUGGAGGAGAGUCGGUCAUCCGGCUAUAUUAGACAGGCUUGGAUGACAUAAUGUGUAUGGCCAGAUUUGGGCUCUGUUCACAUCUGCAUUGCAAAUUUUUGAUUUGAUGUGUAGAAGAGCAUUGCGUGCAGUGAUGUUGUUCUGGUCAAAAUGAC